UCGCCAUUUUGUACCUCCAGGUGCAAAGCUUUUCAGCGAGUAAAACAGCAUUUAUAUUUGUCAGAAUCUUUUAUAUUUACUGCUGUCUACUUCCAAAGACUGUAAUUGAUCGUAAAGUACGUCGAUAAGGGCUUUAAUGUGGCGGAUUUUCACGUUGUCGGGCUGACGACAAGGUCCUUUGCUUUCACGUGCUCAAUCAGGGUCUGUAUCACUUUACAGCUGGGAAAGGAGUCAAAAUAGUUCAAGAUUCUGUAAGAUCCUGGGCUUUAAAUGCAAAGAAGGGGAGCACCUCCCCCACGGGGAUUCAGAGACAGACCAUUCCCUCCCCCACCACCACCAGAUUAUUAUGAUGAAUUUGAUCACCGACCACCUCCUUCACCUCCAUGGGAGCACCGCAACCACUUUGGACAUCCGCCAUCACCACCACCUCCACCUGGACGGCCACCAAGAUUCUGGGAUGACCAGCCUUUGACACCACCUCCUCCUUGGGUCAGAGAUGAUAUUGAUGGUCCUUCCAGACCUGCACCUUGGGAUAAGGACUAUCCUCCACCACGUUCAUUUGCUGAUGAUGACUUUGACAUACCACCCCCUCCUCCUCCCUACCCUUCGAAUGGACCUCCUAGGGGAAGAGGGAGACGCGGAGAUGGACGAGGUGGCAACCGAGGUAGAGGUUUAGCUGGUGGUAGGGGGGAUGCUUCAUCUAGAGGAACGAUGGCCCCUCGUGGUGCAAAUCAAACAAGGGGUGCCCCUGCUAGGGUAGCAAGUAAUGGUAGGGGUGCAAAUUCAGCAAGGGGAGCUCCUAGUACAUCAAGAGGAGCACCUAACAGGGGAGGGCCUAAGAGAGGAGCACCAAAUAGAGGAGCCCGUGGAGGAACAAGCACUACAAGAGGUGCCUCUAAUGGAAAUGGAUUAGCUAAUGGAAGAGGUGGAAAUACAGUCAGCAGUGGUAGAGGUACAGCCAAAUGGUUGAGUGCUGUUAGGGGCAGUAACUCUGGUAGAGGUGGUUCAACCACACCAGGAACUGUCGGAAACAUGAACAGCAAUCAGUCAACCCCAGGAACUAAUGUUGCAAAGCCAAAUAAUCAAAACUCUACAACAAAUCCAGUUUCAAACGCUGGUCAAGUGAAUCACACAAAUUAUUAUUCAGCAAAGCAGAAAGAAAAGAGUACUGUGGUUAAAGCUGCUAUUCCAGGACAAGCAAACUUCAUUUCGUUUAAGAACAGUCUCCAAGAAUGCUGUCAAAAGCAGCAGUUGCCUGUUCCUUCAUAUGCCACAUGGAAAAAUAGUUUUGGCUACUCAGCUAAGGUUGAGGUGGCGAAUAAUAUCUUUAAAAGUGCAGGAAUCCAAGGAGAUCGCAAAGAAGCUGAGCAGGGAGCUGCUUACACUGCUCUAAUAAAUCUUGGGUUGAUUGACUCUUCAGUGAAGUUUGAUGUGAAAACAGCUGCAGUGAUCAAGCGACCUGCUAUAGACAACAGUAUGAUUCAUGAUUCUUCUGGAAAACGGAUCAAACUUGAUUCAACAUCGCCUGUAGCCACCUCCUUCAAGAGCAGACUUAAUGAAUUCUGCCAAAAGUUUCGCCUUUCCAUUCCAUCCUACGACACUGAGAAAGUUGAGAAUGGCAAAGGGUUCAUUACCACUGUCGUCUUCAACAACAAAGUUUAUAAAAGCAAUGGUCCACAGACAACUAAAAAGCAGGCAGAACAGAAUGCAGCUCAAGUUGUUCUUCACAUGUUGAACCAGUGUCCCCCGCCAGCUCCAAGUUUUCACGAUUAUAUUGAACAGUGCAGGCAGCUUACUUCAACACAGAAUAAAACCACAGAAUCCAGUGCUGCUGAGACGUCUACUGCUGCUGUUUCCACCACAACAAAUACAACUGUUGAGCAGAUUUCCACAGCUGCAGCUCCAAACUUAUCCACACCUUCAGUUCAACACUCUUCCAUCCCAACAGUGCAGAAGAUUUCUGCGCCUGUCUUACCACCCUCAGAGCCACUGACCGCGGCCAAACCGACCAUGUUCACAUCACACAAGAACAAGCUUCAGGAAUAUUGCCAGAAGUCCCGGCUCGACAUGCCUGUUUACUCCAGUAAUCGAGAAAAUGGCGUCUUCACCUGCACGGUGAAAGUAGCGGGAUCAGCAUACACAAGCAGCGGCUGCAAUACCAAGAAAGGUUCCGAACAAACGGCUGCCAAUGUGGCGCUAAAAGCUUUGGGAAUCGUUUAACGCGUUUACAGGAUUCGUACGUAAUUUUUAUUGCGUUUUAUCAAGGUUUGGACUCAGGAAGGCACAAGGUAUGGAGAGUAGUAUAGACCUUGUACGAGACUUGUUCGAGACUUUAACCCAUGCGAUAUUGGAGUGACACGAGGUAUUUGGCCUAGGAAUGUUUUUGCUACCGGGUGCCAUUUUGGACAAUACGGUCUCCAGUGAUCAAAGGCGAACUUUACCGAGAAGUCCCGCGUAUUGCUCGAAGGGCGUUCGGACUCGCUUCGGAAAAUCGUAGUCCAACAUGGCGCCCAAAUGGGUUGUUUAUGAAGUGCUCGCUUUGUUCUGUCAGAUGUCAACUGCCGAAUCGAAUCUUUAUGGCUUCUUUUUUAUAGGAUCGCAUGUUUGCGUUUGCAAGUCAUUUACAUUCUUUUCCUCGUUUCAGUGGGAGAAAUAAUUCUCCUCAAAGGCAGGGUACUUUGCUUUAGCACUUGGAGGAUUUUUCGAUUUUAAUAGUGACUGAGAAAUGUUAAAUUAACAGAACAAUUUUCACAAACCCAGGCUUCAACUGAAUCUGAUUUUUAGUCUGUGAAAUGCUGGUUUUAAUCCCGUAGUUUGAUCGCGUUCACAUGUGCACCUGUUGUAUGUUAUACUUGGCGGCUACGGAGACAUUCUAAUUUGUUGCGCAGUUUUUUUUUUUAUCGUUUUUAAUCGGAGUUUCAUUUGUGGUUUCACAUGUCGUGAUGUGAACUGUAAAUGUGCACAGUUGACUGAAAAGUUAACACUGAGGCCGAAUCUAGGAAGGAAUCGGGGGGCUUAACGGCUAAACCUGUUUGCAAAUUCGUGUUGAACCGCAAUGUUUAACAUUCGUUUAAUUGCCUCUCUACAGUGUUAACUGUUUUCAUCCAAAGUUAAAGCAGCUUUGAAAAUGACGCGGUGGGAGAACUAAUCAUAUCUGGCCAAUCAAAACCACACAAAUCAUGCAGUGAACCAAUCAGAAUCCGAACUAGUGCAUGCAACCGGUGCCUAAGCGCGGGAACACAUGCAAGCCGAUCAAGCGCGGGAAAACGCUUUACGCUGCUGUUCCUGAUUAGUUGAAAGCAGAAAGUGAGUUCUGAUUGGUUAUAGCAUGUUACGUAGUUAUUCAGUCAGUGGUGGGUGGAACUUUAAACUUCUCAGUUUCGUAUUUUCAAAAACGUUUCAAAUCCAGAUGAUACGGCCCAUACUGGUCGGCUUACUCUUAUGUAGGGUUCGUGUCAAUAUUGUUAGGUACCAUUUAACUCAAGAUGGUUCAGACUCCUACGUAUCUCCACAGGCUUCCUUUGAAAUUCUACUUAACAUUGGGUAGUUGUAAAUUGGAGGUAACAUUUACACUAGCUUAUAAAGUAAGUCAGGUACAUCAAUUUCUAGUAGAAAAGUCGUCGAUAGUUGGACAACGUUUUUGUCGAAAGUUGUAUGUAGUGAACUUGUUUGGAAUAAAUUCCCUAUAGACUGAA